AUAUUAUUUUAGCUGCAUUUAACCGUGCAAAAGAACUAGUUAGUAAUUUGAAUAUAUUACCUUCAUUAAAGGAAUGCAAUGCUUGUGAACUUAAUUUUUUAAGUAAAAAUAUAUCUGAUAGUAUUAGAUUCAACAUUAAUUCGGAUAAUUAUUUAGCAACGGAUUCAGAUUCUUCAUCAGAUUCUGAAUCUGAUUAUGAUGAUGGAGCAAUGGAAAGUAAUGAAUUUGAUAGUGAUCUAAUCAAUGUGGAUGAAGAAGGUAAAGAUCCGGAAAUGACACAAAACUUUGAUGAAAUUAAAACUGAGAAAAUAAAUUUUACUGGUAUGCAUAUACUCGAUUCGAUUAAUCCAGCAAUCAAAAACUCCUAUUUUCAAGUGCAAAUAAAUAACAAGACUAAAUUUAUACACAAGCAAACGGCUUGUUGGUUAUUGACCGACAAAGUUAGCCGCUUAUCGGCUGAUAGAGUAUCACGAGUGAUAGAAACAAACAAAAAGGAUUGA